GUCCUUCGAACGGCCCGCCGAAGUCGCCCGGCUGCAGCUGCCACCGACACCGCCAUCUUAACUCGGGGCAAUGACUUCACAGGGUCAAAGGGCAGUGCGGGAUAGAAGGGGAGAAAUUAGGCCAGAAUUUGAAUUGAGGGACUUAAACCAGACUUGGAGAAAAGCUUUGCCUGCACGAUUGAUUACAUGCUGGUUGCUUUUAAUAUUUAAAACCGACACAUGCAUAGCUCCGUCCAUGGACACUGGAAACUGUCCACGGGGCUGUCAACUCCCCCCCAUCUACACAGCGAUCUGCAGCAGUGAGCUGGAGAAGGUUCAAGAGAAAGGAGACUCUGGCAUGACCACAGGAGAGUGGAGAUACAGUACUAAACUCAAUUAUUUUCUGGAAUCUAAGGGAUGCUUUGCCAACAUAAUGUCCUCUGGCAGAAGUGUCAGCCCCUCAUCUUCUAUUGAAACAGGUCUAAGCGUCAGUGGGCCUUUCAGCACCGGCAGAGGGUCUGUUCACCCAGACCCUGCUGCAGAUUCGGAUCUGAAAUCCUCCUCCUCACAUUCUGAUCACUCCUCUGAAACCUCACUGCCUGAAGCCCGAAAGGAUAAAUAUCGCCAGGAAUUCAGCCUGCUUAAGUUGCAGACAAAAGAUGGGCAGCGUCCUGAGUGGACAUUUUACCCAAGGCUUAGCAGCAACAUCCACACCUACCAUGUUGGAAAGCAGUGUUUCUUCAACGGGGUCUUCCUCGGCAACAGGAGGUCUCUAUCAGAGAGGACGAUGGACAAGUGCUUUGGGAGGAAGAAAUAUGUUAUUGAUCCCAGGAAUGGAAUCCCAAAGGUAACUCCAGGAGAUAAUCCAUAUAUGUGUCCAGAACAGAGUAAAGGCUUCCACAAAGCAGGAUCAACUCUCCCGCCAGGGAAUUUUUCAAUAAUGCCUUAUGAAAAGAAAUUUGAUACAUUUAUUCCACUUGAGCCUCUUCCACAAAUUCCCAACUUGCCUUUCUGGGUGAAGGAGAAGGCCAACAAGCUGAAGAAUGAGAUAAGAGAAGUUGAAGAGCUUGACAGUUGGCAGCCAGCGGUCCCCUUGCUACAGAGUUUGCUACCUGUUGGUUCUUUGGACUUUCCAAGACAGUCUUGAACAGGAACAGGUCCAGGAAGCAGGCACUGACUGUCCUCGGGAGAGCCUUUUCCUGUUAAUUGCUUCUGUUGGUGCGACUGUUCUAAAUCAGUGUUUGACUUGGAUGCAGAAUCACUGUGUUUUGCCUCUUUUAACUUUUUUGUUUUGGCGGCGCUGCACGGCUUGUGGGAUCUUAGUUCCCCAACCAGGGAUUGAACCCGGGCCCUCCGCAGUGAAAGUGCAGAGUCCUAACCACUGGACCGCCAGGAAAUUCCCUUAAGUUUAUAUUUUGAAAACUGUCAAACUGAUAGAAAAGUUGCGAGAAUCGUACAACAGACACCUACAUAGUCUUCACCUAGAGUCUACAAUUAACAGAGUUAAUGUGUCCAGAGUUGUACACAUUCUCUUUUUCUCAUAUUAUUAUUAUUAUUUUGCUCAAUUAUUACUAUCAAUUUUGAUAAAUAUAUUUAUUUAUUUAUUUUUGG